AUGAGCCAUUCUUUACCGCCCACACCCAUGGACUUCCGCUUCCUUGAUCUACCCGCCGACAUCAGGCUCAUGGUUUACGAGUUCCUGCCAACAUGUCUUGCGCACAACGAGAUCACCAUCGAGACGGACAAUGAGAGCGGACUUCUUAAGACGAAAACCACGAAAGUCAAGCUCAUUAACAUUUGGUAUCCUACCACCGUACGACUUAUCUCCAAGAUCAUCCGAGAAGAAGCUACACCAAUCAUUGCGCGCACUGCGGCUAAGCGCAACAGCGCACUAGUAGUCGACGGCUUUUCCAAGGUGUCGCGAUCGGGCCCUAAACUCAUUGUCCUAUGUGGAGAUCUGGAAGUCAUUGCGCGCAAGCAAGGACCUCUUGAGGCAGCUUCGGAGUUUCUGACCUGGUUUUUGGAGGCGCGCAGGACAGGAUCUAGCUGCGUGACCGCUAUGCCCAAGAGUUCAGCUUCGGAUCCAAAUAGCCCGGCUAUAAUCCACUGGGCGCGUCAAGCCGGUGGUAGAUUUGGUUACUUUGUCGAGCACUUUGACCUUGAGUACGGAGAAUGGAUCGAGGCUUGGGUUCCGCAAGACUGCGUUUAG